CGCUCGGACAGCCGUUGUCCACCUCCUGUGAGGCAUUCAUUUGCUUCACCCUCGUCCUCCCCAGCCGUCCAUCCUCUCGCUCAGCUGAAAUGGCUGUACCAUCUCAGCAAUACGCUUUCCGCGCCCAGAAGAGCCUUGGACUCGUUGGGGGAACCCCAGACUACGCACCCUUGGAAGCAUUCAAGGCCCCGGAAUCUGCGGCGAGGACGUACCAGUACAGCUCCGAUGGUCGUCUCUUCGCUCUGGCACUCCCGGAGGGCGUGUUCAUCUAUCAAGCCGAAUCCGCUCAGCUCCUACAGCAGCUCCAGAUUCCCGGCGUGGUCGAGAUCAACUUUUCCCCUCGAGGAACUUAUAUCUCGACAUGGGAGCGGCCAGUCAAACUCGACGAUGGCUCUCAGCACAAGAACCUGCGCAUCUUCUCCGUGUCCACCGGCGAGGAGCUCGCGUCGUUCACGCAGAAGUCGCAGGAGGGUUGGGACGUGCAGUACACCAUCUCCGAGUCGCACGCGAUCCGGUUAGCGGGACAAGAGAUACAGGUUUUCAACCCGGCGGACUGGUCCAAGGGUGUCGUCGACAAGCUCAAGGUUGAGGGCGUCAAGAGUAUUACCCUGAGCCCUGGGCUGAACCCAUCCGUAGCCGUGUUCAUCGGCGAGAAAAAGGGUGCACCGGCCAUCAUCCGCGUGCUCGGCCUUCUGUCCCUCAACAGUGCUCCCACGGGCCAGAAGACCUUUUACAAGGCUGACCGGGCGACCAUCAAAUGGAACACGCUCGGCACGCAGGUCUUGAUCCUCACGCAGACCGAUGUCGAUGCGGCCAACAAGAGCUAUUACGGCGAAACGGGCCUCUAUCUUCUCAGCGCGGCGGGCAACUUUGACUGCAGGGUCACGCUGGACAAGGAGGGUCCCAUCCACGACUUUGCAUGGAGUCCAAACUCGAAGGAGUUCGGCGUCGUCUACGGCUUCAUGCCCGCGAAGGCCAUGAUUUUCGACCAGCGCGUGCGCACGCUGCACGACUUCGGCGCCGCCCCGCAGAACUUCAUCUCCUUCAACCCGCAAGGCCGGCUCGUCGCGCUCGCCGGCUUCGGCAACCUGGCGGGGAAGAUCAACGUGUACGACCGGCGCACGCUCGCGAAGGUCACCACGAUCGACGCCCCGAACACGUCGCACUGCGAGUGGUCCCCGGACGGCCGCUUCCUGCUCACCGCGACGCUCUCCCCGCGCCUGCGCGUCGACAACGGCAUCAAGAUCUGGCACUGCACCGGCCCGCUCGUGCACGUGCAGCUCACGGACGAGCUGUACCAGGUCGGCUGGCGCCCGACGCCCGUCGACGCCCUGCCGCCCUUCGGGCAGGCGCUCCCGCCCGCCCCGGCUCCCGCGCCGAGCGACGGGGAGAAGAAGGGGCAGAGGAAGCGGAAGGGGGGGAAGGACAAGGAGAAGGGGGGCGCGGGUGGUGGUAGUGCGGCGCCGAGCGGGGCGGCGACGCCCGUCGUGCCGCCCACGCCGCCGAACGAGGAUGCGAAGCCGACGCCUGGCAAGCUCGAGCUGAAGGUGAACGGGAAUGGAACGCUGCAGGUGCCCGGGGAGGCGGGGAACAGUGUGCCGCCGACGCCUGGCGGCGAGGCGGGGCUGGACCCGGUGGCGAAGAAAGUGCGGAAUCUGAACAAGAAGCUCAAGGCGAUCGACGAGCUGAAGGACAAGCAGAAGAAGGGCGAGCGGCUCGAGGCGACGCAGUUGAAGAAGAUCGAGACCGAGGCGGAGAUUCGGAAAGAGCUUUCGACGCUCACGAACAGCGCGGCGUGAUCGUACCCGCGCCGCGCCGCACCAUCCCACGUUGCUUCAUCUUCAUUUUUUUCCCCGUCGCUGCGCUUUCCGUUGUCGUCUCUUUCUUAUUUUGUCGUCGCGUCGCCGUGUGCGUCGACUUGAGUAAAGAGAAAACAAAAAAUGUGUUUUUAUUCGAAUGGAGAAGGGACCUUGUCACGCGAGGUUUUCAGCAUCCAUCCCCGCAUGUCCCUCCCAAUGACGCGAAAGAAAGAUCUACAAGGUACAUUUACGGCGCCGCGGCGCACUCUAGCAGCUUCUUCCCGCCGCCGCCGCCGCCUUCGGGGUAGUCCCCGAAGUCCCAGUCAAAGCAGUCGACGCAGUCCUCGUCCUCGUCCACGAGCGGCGGCACCUCCGACUCGUCGUCCCAGUCCUCGGCGAGCAGCUUCUCGACGAUGACGCUAAUCCCGUGCGUGCGGAUGUCGACCGCCCAGCCGAGCUUGGUGAUGGUGUCGUACCGGAGGAGCUUGCCCUGGUGGCAGCGCGACUCCAUCGCGUACCCGGCGAGGGCGCAGGUGGAGGCCAUGCCGGUGCAGGUCCCCUGCGCGAGCGGGUCGGCGGUGUGGUAGACGUGCGUGAUGUGCUCUAGGUUCGGGGGGGAGGGGAGGUGCAGUCUGCGGGCGGCGAGGCGCUCGGGAGGUGUUUCGAAGCCGACGGUGGGCGCGCCGAAGGUGGCGCCGAGGAGGGCGGCGAGCGAGCCGCCGAGAGAGUGGCCUAUCAGCCAAACGUUCGAGUUGGGGUACAUGUACGUGAUGUUGUUAUACAGGUUCUGGCGAGAAAGAAAAAAAGAAAAAAGGACGUGAGCCGGCCGCGCGCUCCCCGAAAGAGGUGAUCGUGAAGGAUGAUGAUAUGGAAAUGGGCCGCUCACGGUGCCGAUCUGGUAGAAGGAGCUGUCGUCGGUCAGGCUCUGCUCGAGGCAGUCCUGGUCACAUUUACCGCCGCCGCGGUAGCAGCCGCAGACGGGGGACCAGGUGGGGCCGACGCGGGCGCAGCAGCAGGAGAAGAGGAGGUUGUCGUUCAGCUUGUCCUUCUUGACCGUCGGGCCGCCGCCGCCGACGAGCCAGCCGGCGGAGGUGCCCUUGAUGGAGACGACGACGGUGCUGUUGUCCUCCGUCGCGAAGACGUGGCCGCGGAAGCCGUCUGCGUCGGGUUCCCAGCCGAAGGGGUAGCUGACGUUCCAGCCGUCGGGGAGGUCGUACCAGUCCUUGUCGCCCGGCUCGGAGUAAGCGUUGUUCGCCAUCAUCGCGAGUACCUGCAGCGUGCGCCUGCUGCCGAUGUCGGGCGCGACGACCUCGACGGGGUCCCAGUCCACCGGGCUCGUCGUCAGGUUCGCGGACGCGUGAUUCCGAUCGUGGCCGUACUUGAGCAGGAGGUCGCGGCCGUGUCUGCGCGCGGCGGUGAACGCGGCGAAAGAGGACGGCCGGUGGGUGGUCGCGCGGCGCGUGCGUGCCUCGUAGACCCUAACGUGAACGCGAGCGCGUCCGAAGGCGGCAGCCGGACGUCGCGGAAGAUGGUCCGGGACGUGUUCAGGGAGACGGCGUGCUCGUGGCGCAGCUCGAAGCGGAGCGUCGGCGUCGGCGUCGGCGUUGGUGGUCGUGAUGUCGGGUCGUUGAGGAAGAAUAACGACAACAAUAUGCGCAGGCUGGCCGGCAGGAGGCUCAGCAUCGUGCAGCCCGGUGAGGGACACAACCAAGUCGAG